AACCAAGCUCAUGGACAAGAUACCUAGACUGGUGGAAGCAUUGGCAAACGCGGGCAAUUCUCCUAUUUCUCUAGCUGUUUUCAAGGGCUGUCGUAAUGCUGCAGAACUAUUGAUGAAAAAGGGACACUGUAAUGUGAAUGCAGUGCCAGUGGGAACCGACUUUGGAUACUGUCCUCUUGCUAUGGCCAUCGCCCGUGAGCAUUUUCAUUUAGUGGAUGUCUUGGUGGAGCAUGGUGCAGAUGUCAACCUUCCAGACUGUUCUGGAAACACAUCCUUGCAGCUUGCCAUCAUUGCCCAUUUUUCUGGAGGACAAAAGAUGAAAAAAGAGCCGUAUAUGGCCGAGAUGAAGAGGAAAUGGGGACACCGUGGCAUUAAGACGAACUCAGAUGCUCUCCUUGCCUUCCUUGUCUCUCACGGUGGUGAUCUGAAUGCAUCCAAUAGUGCAAAUUGGAAAAUAAAAACUAUGCUUCAACAAAAACGGGAUCCAAUCCUGCAACCUCUACUUGACAUUCAAAGUCAGAAACGGAAAGACAUUGCCAGACAGCAAAGCGCAUCCAAACGCCCCCUACGUACCCUGACUAAGACAAACAAAAACAAAGGAACUAAGGUCAGCUCUGUGUCGUCUGUCUUACAGAAAAGCACUGUAAGAUCAGGUUCAAAGAAAGGUAGCUCUGGAAACUCCUCGGCGAAGUUGGCAACGGGUUCAGGAAGUCAGCAGAAAUCUUCAGGCAAGUUGCAUAACAUACAAACUGAGAUCAAGCGCAAAGACGAAGAGCUUGAAACCCUUCAGUCCAGGGUCAAGACACUGGAACACCUGGUCAAGAAGAAAAUCUCCUUCGCAUGUGGUCAUGAUGUCAUCCGAAGCAUUGCUGAGCUCAUCCCUGAAUGCCCAUAUUGCAGCGAGCCAAUUUCUUCAGUCGUUGACUUGCAGUAGGGACCUUACCCUCUUAAUGCAAAGGAGUGGAAACCUUUUUAGGAUAAAUGUAAAGGACUGCUACCUUUAGAACUGAAUACAUUCAAACAUAGUUAUUGAAUAGUUCUUUUGUUUAAUAGUGGAUCGCUGUGUUUUAUUUUCGAUGUAGGUUUCCUCUCCAAAACGAAGAAUGAUCCCUAAUAUCACUCUCCUAAAGUGGAUUUCCACUCCUGUACAUAAUUAUCGAGGGCAUUGCAAUGAUAAGGGUUAACGCCUAUUGGUUCUCAUCGCACGUGUAGAGGUAUUACCACUAAAUAUUUUGAAGACUGAGAUUUCAAUACCACAUUUGUUUACCCAUGGCGGUGCAACUUUAGUGAUCAAUAUUAAUUCAAAUCAUUGCUGGGGUAACAUGGCAAAGGGUCCAUUGAAACUACAUGAUUCGCAUGUCCUCAAAAAAAGAUUGACUUUACUGCCAUUUCCGUAAUGCACUAGUAAUCAUAUUUAAAACAUAUGUCUUUGUUGAGUUAAUUGUUAUUAUUCGUUUCGAGUACAUGUAAUUAUAUUUCAAAAUUCACCAUGUAAAUUGCAUAGUACGUGUUGUUAGGGCUUGUCACA